GCAACUUCUAGAAAAAUCAUUAUCACAUUUAUCAACCCAUUUUCUGCACACAAAAACUCUCACUAAACCGUAAAGAUAAUAGAUCUGAGGAAGAAGAACAAAGAUGUCGUGGCAAACAUAUGUAGAUGAUCACUUGCUGUGUGAGAUUGAAGGUAAUCAUCUCACUUCUGCUGCUAUUAUCGGUCAAGACGGCACCGUUUGGGCCCAAUCUGCCAAUUUCCCUCAGUUCAAGCCAGAAGAAAUAACAGGCAUAAUGAAUGACUUUGCGGAACCUGGAACACUUGCUCCAACUGGUUUAUAUCUUGGGGGAACAAAAUACAUGGUGAUUCAAGGAGAGGCAGGAGCUGUGAUCCGAGGGAAGAAGGGUCCAGGUGGUAUCACCAUUAAAAAGACCAACCAGGCUUUGAUCAUUGGAAUAUAUGAUGAGCCAAUGACUCCUGGGCAGUGCAAUAUGAUUGUUGAAAGGUUGGGUGACUAUCUUGUUGAACAAGGUCUUUAGGCUUUUAUCGUGUAUUAGUAUCCUACAUAAUUGUGGCCGUUAAAGAAGUCAUGCGUGUUGUUUACUGAGGAGAAGUUUGUAACCAUCAACUGCUCUAUCAUUGUAUUUCUUUUUCCUAUGUCCUUACUGAUAAGCUUUUGUAAUUGAGCACUUGGUUGGUUAUAUAUAAUGCAAUGGCUUAAAUUUGGAUUUU